GGGCUGGAAGGCUGAGGGGCGGGGCGGGGGCGGAGUCAAGCCAGCUAGAGGGGAGGGUCCAGCGCGGCCCCCGGCGAGCUUCACUGCGCUUGCGCUGACAGACGCAAGAUGGCGGACAGUGCGGAACUAAAGCAAAUGGUUAUGAGCCUUAGAGUUUCUGAACUCCAAGUACUGUUGGGCUACGCUGGGAGGAACAAGCACGGACGCAAACACGAACUUCUUACAAAAGCCCUGCAUUUGUUAAAGGCUGGCUGUAGUCCUGCUGUACAAAUGAAAAUCAAAGAACUCUACAGGCGGCGUUUCCCUCAGAAAAUUAUGACACCCGCGGACUUGUCUAUCCCCAACGUACAUUCAAGUCCUAUGCCAGCGACUCUGUCUCCAUCUACCAUUCCACAGCUCACUUACGAUGGUCACCCUGCAUCAUCCCCACUACUCCCUGUUUCUCUUCUGGGACCUAAACAUGAACUGGAACUCCCACAUCUCCCAUCAGCGCUGCACCCAGUCCAUCCGGAUAUAAAGCUGCAAAAGCUGCCAUUCUAUGACCUGCUGGACGAGCUGAUCAAACCCACCAGUCUAGCGUCAGACAACAGCCAGCGCUUUCGGGAAACCUGUUUUGCAUUUGCCUUGACUCCACAACAGGUGCAGCAGAUCAGCAGCUCCAUGGAUAUUUCUGGGACCAAAUGUGACUUCACAGUGCAGGUCCAAUUAAGGUUUUGUUUAUCAGAAACCAGUUGUCCACAAGAAGAUCACUUCCCACCCAACCUUUGUGUGAAAGUGAAUACAAAACCUUGCAGCCUUCCAGGUUACCUUCCACCUACUAAAAACGGUGUGGAACCAAAGCGACCUAGCCGACCAAUUAAUAUCACCUCACUUGUCCGAUUGUCUACGACAGUACCAAAUACCAUUGUUGUUUCUUGGACUGCAGAAAUUGGAAGAACCUAUUCCAUGGCAGUAUAUCUUGUAAAACAGUUGUCCUCAACAGUUCUUCUUCAGAGGUUACGAGCAAAGGGAAUAAGGAAUCCGGAUCAUUCUAGAGCUUUAAUUAAAGAGAAGUUAACUGCAGAUCCAGACAGUGAAAUAGCUACCACCAGCCUGCGGGUUUCCCUGCUCUGUCCACUUGGGAAAAUGCGGCUGACAAUUCCAUGUCGGGCACUUACCUGUUCCCACCUUCAGUGUUUUGAUGCAACUCUUUAUAUUCAAAUGAAUGAAAAAAAACCAACGUGGGUUUGUCCUGUCUGUGAUAAGAAGGCUCCAUAUGAACACCUUAUUAUUGAUGGGUUGUUUAUGGAAAUCCUAAAGUACUGUACAGACUGUGAUGAGAUACAGUUUAAAGAGGAUGGCUCAUGGGCUCCAAUGAGAUCAAAAAAGGAAGUGCAGGAAGUUACUGCCUCAUACAACGGAGUUGACGGAUGCUUGAGCUCCACAUUGGAGCAUCAGGUGACUUCACACAACCAAUCCUCAAAUAAAAACAAGAAAGUCGAAGUGAUUGACCUAACCAUAGACAGUUCAUCAGAUGAAGAAGAGGAAGAACCCUCUGCCAAGAGGACCUGUCCUUCCCUGUCUCCUACAUCACCACUAAAUAAUAAAGGUAUUUUAAGUCUUCCUCAUCAAGCAUCGCCUGUGUCCCGCACUCCCAGCCUUCCUGCUGUAGAUACAAGCUACAUCAACACUUCCCUCAUCCAGGACUACAGGCACCCUUUCCACAUGACGCCCAUGCCUUAUGACUUACAAGGAUUAGAUUUCUUUCCUUUCUUAUCAGGAGACAAUCAGCAUUACAACACCUCCCUGCUUGCGGCAGCAGCAGCAGCGGUCUCAGAUGACCAGGACCUCCUGCACUCCUCCCGCUUUUUCCCGUAUACCUCCUCGCAGAUGUUUCUUGAUCAGCUAAGUGCUGGAGGAAGCACUUCUUUGCCAGCCACCAACGGAAGCAGUAGUGGCAGCAACAGCAGCCUUGUGUCUUCCAACAGUCUGAGGGAGAGCCAUGGCCAUGGUGUGGCCAGCAGGAGCAGCGCGGACACGGCGUCCAUCUUUGGCAUAAUCCCAGACAUUAUCUCCUUGGACUGACGCCCUCAUCCUGCUGCUCCCACCCUGUCCCACAUUAAAUGACUUGGCAGAAGAGAACUCUGUGCUGUUUUACCUUAUCCUGUUUAGAAAAGUACACAAGUGUGGUUUUUUUUUCCUGUUUUUAGGGAAAAAAAAUUAAAAGAAAUGUACAGAGAACAAAACUAUAUUUUCAGUUUUACUUUUGUAUAUAAAUCUAAGACUGCCUGUCUGAUAAAACACUUGUUUAAAAAAAAAAAAAAAGGAAGGAAAGAAAAGAAAAAACAAGCACCCACAAACCUCCUUCAGUUCAUUUUUUCUGGAUUCUGAAGACUUUUCACCGUUUGUCCUAUGGUUUGGGUUUUAUUUUACUUCAAUGGCAUUAUCUUACUUGCAAUAACAGAAACAGAAUUGCAUGUAUGAAGUUUUAAAUUGUGGGCUUUGUUGUGGGGAGGGGGUUGGGAUAGUUUUGAUUUCCAUUUUUUAAAAGCAUCAGACUUGGAUUCUGUUUGUGUAUGCGUGGAUUUUACCAGCCUUAAGUUAUGAGUCUCACCUGUCCCACUCAUUCCCUUUGUUUUCAGGACAUAGUUCGUGGGGGUGUGUGUUUUCAGUGUGUUCCUGUGUGUACUAUUCUGUCAUCACUGUCCCCUCUCCUCCUGGGUUGGCAUUUAGUUAAUAUCAGUUGCCUGCUUCUUUCAGAGUGCUCCAGAGGUCUUGAAUGCUCACGUGAGCAUCCUUCUCAGCUCUCCUGAUGCAUGUUCUCAUCACAGGUCUUCUGUGAUCUGCUGAGUACCCCCUAAGAGUGUGUUUCCUAGAAGUGCUGGAGCAAAAGCUGCCUGGAUAAGCAGUCUGAGGGCAGGCCUGUGACCCAUGAUGCACUUGGGUUGAUUCUGAAUCUGAAUCGCCAGUAUUUUGUAUGUAAGCCAAGUCUGUGAGUACCUGCAUUUUGGCCACAGGGUAGCAAGUUUCCUUGAGAAUCUUCAUACCAAAGUGGGAUAUGAAAGAGCCCUAGAAGCCCCAUGGGGUGCUGUGUGCAGCUGGCAGAGGACAUUAUUCCACCUCAAAAAAGAAAGAAUUCAGUUCUCCUAAAGUUGACAGUACAGUGCAGCCCACAUGUGGAUCUGUAGCAAAUCUAUUUGAUCAACAGUUGAAACUCAGAAAUAACCUUAGUUAUUUUGUUUCUCUGGUUCUGAGUAUACUUCCUUUCUUAGCCUUGUUUAUUUUUUACUCACCUUUUAAUGACAAGCAUGACAUAGGAAGCCAUUUUUUUAAAUUCAAGAAUCAGUCGGUUUUAUCUACUCUCAAUAGCAGACUAUGUAAAUAUAUUACAAUUUCUUCAGAAGAUGAUUAAGGGUCAAAGGAAGGAAAAAGUGCUUCUUAUACUUGAGAGUCAUCAGAGAAGACACAGUGCUCUUACAGUGGAAGGCAAAUGGAUGGCAGCUGAUGGAGGGCGCAGGUUUCUCAGCAGAGAAGGGGCACACCAUCACCAGUUCCCAGACUGGCAUUUUAUGUUACCACUUCGUGUUCUCAGAGUUGAAGGACCCCCUUUGUGUGUAGUAAACUUGUUUUUAAACCUUGCAUCAGUAACAGAAGGACCUAUAUUAAUCCAGGUAGAAGUCAAGAUGACUGUAUCUUCAGUUGUAUGAUAAAGUAAAUGGUUCACAUGACAGAGUGGCAACUAAAAAUGUUAUCUGUUUUUUAUAGCGUCUCUGCUACUAAACUGUCAACUUGAAUUUUGAGAAAAGUUGGUGUUGAUAUGUAUAUGUGUGUGUGUAUAUAUGUAUUUAUAAACAAGUGUGUGUGAGUAACAUCGUCUUCCCCUGCGCAUGUGUGUUCCACACAGAAACGGCUGUUAGAGUCACAAAACAAUCUGCAAUAAAACAAGGCAUUUGUUGUCAGUUCAAACCAGAAA